UUGUGGCAGAGACUGUGGGUGGCUACGCUGCAGGAAAACGACUCGUCUUCUUUGCAAAGUCUAAUUUGUGCGCUUCAUCAUGGCAACAUAUACGUUACCGGAGGGAUUCACAGAGUUUGACAUGUUUACAUUCGGUUCAGCACUCCUUGUUGGCGGGAUGCUGGGAUUCUUCCUCAAUGCCAUCAGCAUCCUUUCUUUCCUCAGGGUGAGGGAGAUGCGCAAUCCCAGCAGCUUCCUGGUGUUCAACCUUGCUGUAGCUGACCUCAGUUUGAAUAUUAAUGGACUCACUGCUGCCUAUGCAAGCUAUCUGAGAUACUGGCCAUUUGGUCAAGAUGGUUGUGCCUAUCAUGGUUUCCAGGGGAUGAUAUCCAUACUGGCAUCCAUCAGUUUCUUAGCUGCAAUCGCUUGGGACAGAUAUCACCAGUACUGCACCAGACAGAAGCUUUUCUGGACCACAUCUAUCACAAUCAGCAGCAUCAUCUGGAUUCUCUCCAUCUUCUGGUCUGCUGUUCCUCUAAUGGGAUGGGGCGUCUAUGACUUUGAGCCCAUGAGGACGUGCUGCACGCUGGACUACACCAAAGGGGACAGGGACUACAUCACCUACAUGCUAAGUCUGGUGGUGCUCUACCUGAUGCUCCCAGCUUUUAACAUGUACUCAUGUUAUGAUUCGAUCUACAAGCAUUUCAAGAAGAUCCAUCACCACCGGUUUAACACCAGUUUGCCUUUGAGGGUACUGCUGAUGUGCUGGGGCCCAUAUGUCAUCAUGUGUGUCUAUGCCUGCUUUGACAAUGUGAAGCUCGUCUCUCCAAAGCUAAGAAUGAUGCUUCCAGUUAUUGCAAAGACAAAUCCUAUAUUUAACGCUCUCCUCUACUCAUUUGGAAAUGAGUUCUACCGAGGGGGAGUUUGGCAUUUCCUCACUGGACAGAAGAUUGUUGAACCAGAUAUUAAGAAGUCAAAGUAAAAGAAAACCCAGCAAAAUUGGGCGAAAAUCCAAGAUCAUCAACUGCUUUCAUGAUAGGUUCCUCAUUCAAACGUAGUAGGAUGUUUUGAAAUAAACAUUGCCAGGUCA